GAUAUUUAUUUUUCCAUCAAAGCAAACAAAUCUUAAGGUUAAAUCUUUAGUUUCUGAUAUUUUGAGGAAACUAAGAAAACCUUAAGAUAUAUCUUUUGCUCUUUCCUGCAAUAGGUCAAUGGAAAGCAUGUUGAUGGUAACGUUGGCAUUAGGAUUAUUGCCGGUUGUAGGGUUGUUAUUAUGGUGGUGGAAUGAGAUAUGGUAUGUGUGGCCCAUUGAAGCAAGACUACGACGCUCGAAAUCCGAGACUGCACUACCACCUGGUUAUUUGGGCCUCCCUUUUCUCGGCGAGACUCUUCCAUUUCAAUGGUUUUUCAACGUCGUUCGUCGACCAGAUGAUUUUAUUAAAAAUAAAAUAAAAAAGUAUGGAGAAAAUGUGGGUGUUUACAGAACCCAUCUGUAUGGAGCUCCAAGCAUCAUAGUAUGUGCUUCGUCUCUAUGCAAACAUAUUCUCAACUCUGGUGAAAAUUUCAAGGCGGAAUGGCCAACACAUAAAGUUGUAGGACGUAAUUCAGUUAUAUCAAUUGAAGGCGAACGUCAUGAUAUCAUCAAGAGUUUAGUUGUGAAUUGCUUCUCUCGCCCAGAUGCACUUGCUUGGGUUAUGCAAAAAGUUCAACCUUGUAUUGUUUCUACUCUUCAAACCUGGUCUCAAAAGCCAAAUAUCAAAUCUUUCUAUGAACUUAAGAAGGCUACACUUGACUGCACCUUGAGAUAUGUUGUUGGUUUUGAAUAUAAUGCCAAUCAAAUAGAAGAUCUUGCUAAGGCAUAUGAGAGUUUGAAUUUAGGCUUUAGAGCCACGCCAAUACACAUCCCCGGGACAACUUAUUAUCAUGCCCUCCAGUGUCGAAAGAAGAUUGUUAAGAUCUUCAAGGACGAGAUCGAUAGGAGAAGGGCAAUUGGAAACAACAUUGAUGGAACGAAAGAAGAAAGUGUUGGUGAUUUAAUGGAUGCAUUGAUGAAAACCAAGAAUAUUGAAGGAAAACAUUUGAAAGAUGAAGAAGUGUUGGACAAUGUUGUAAACUCUAUCCUUCUUGGUCAUAUCUCUAGUGCAUAUGCGGUGACAUGGUGCCAUUAUUUCUUAGCAAAGUCCCCUACUGUUCUUGAAAAACUUCGACAAGAAAACAAGGCCCUUUUAGAGGAGAAGAAUGGCGAGACAAUUACAAAUGGAGAUAUUCAGAAGCUCAAAUAUACAAACAAGGUUGUCGAAGAAGUACUUAGGAUGGCAAAUCUUUCUGGAUUUCUCUUUAGGAGAGUUAUGGAAGAUGCUGAAUUCAAAGGUUACUUAAUCCCCAAAGGUUGGAGGGUAAUGGUGUGGCUUAGACAGCUUCAUAAUGAUCCAACAAAUUUUGAUGAUCCAAUGUGCUUUAAUCCAGAUAGAUGGGAUACACGUCCUAAGCAUGGUACUUACCUUCCAUUUGGUGGAGGCUUGAGAUUUUGUCCAGGAAGCAUGAUUAUUAGGCUCAUCAUGGCCCUUUUCAUCCAUCAUUUGGCCAUUGGAUACAAGUGGGAAAUGUUGAAUCCUAAUGUCCCAAUCUCUUAUCUAUCACACCCUCUGCCAGCUGACGGCCUUGAGAUUUCGAUGAAAAAACUUGAAGCUUGAUUAUCCAACAAUGAAAGUCAAUAAAUGUAUGUGUGCGUGGAAGCAAUAUGUAGCAAAUAAGUAAUCUGGGUUUAGUAACAAGUAUGUGUCAUACAUAUUAAUAAAUUGUAAUAUAUAUACAUUUCGAUUAUAAUAAAAUAAAUUACGAAUCUGUACUUUUAUUAUAUUUAAUAAUUCCCUCUUGAACUCAUUAUUAUUCAUAACUAUUACUAUUAUUUAUAAAGAAACCUUGUUAGAA